AUGAUUAUUACUCGGGUUUGGUUGGUCUUCUACUUAAUACCAUGGCUGUCAUUAGUUUUUGCCAAACUAAGCCCCUAUCCAAAGUUGCUAUUGAUUUCAUUCGAUGGAUUUCGUUACGAUCUACUUAACGCUACUUGGACACCUAACAUUUACGAAUGGGCCAACCGAUCUUCAUGGUUUGUGAACGGUGUCAGAUCUCAAUAUGUUACUUAUACAGCACCCAAUCAUAUGAGCAUUGUAACUGGGAUGCAUGAGCAAGAUCAUGGUAUCGUCUCUAAUUACUUUUACGACACCGCUACUGGAAAAUUUUUUGAUUAUUUCAAUAGCACUCAGCAAGAAGGUGUGGUCAAUGCGUCGUUGGACAUGUCCUGGUACAAAGGCGACCCUGUUUGGCUGGCCAAUGAAAGAUUCGAGGCUUCCCGUCGAUCGGCCACGUUUUACUGGCCGAAUGGAGAGGCCCCUUUCCCAAAACCGCCUCACAGACCUUCAAUUUACAGGCAAUGGAAAGAUUAUCGCAAUCUCAGCCAAUGGAUGGCCGACCUUGAUGACAUCGUCGAGUUGUUCACCGAUGAGAACAAUCCUAUAAAUUUCCUUGCUUGGUACAUAGCCGAGCCAGACCACACUCUUCAUAAGAAUGGUUUUUAUAAUGGCGAACUACUGAAGAAAAUCCAUGAACUCGAUCAACUGUUCGGGUACUUUGUUGCCAAACUGAAAGACUCCGGACUAGAAAAUGUCUUGAACGUGAUAUUGACGGCUGACCAUGGCCACGCUGAGGUACAAGGUGCUCAGAAUGUAAUGUGUCUACGUGAAUAUAUAUCAAGCGAAGGCUAUAAACUAGGAGAUCAUAUGGUGUAUCCGGAUAAUGAAGAAGUAGCUCUUGAACUUUAUCAUAAUCUUACUUCCGCCGUCAAGGAGAUGGGUUACAAGGUGAAGAUCUAUUUGAAAGAGGAUGUCCCUGCAAAAUUUUUCUACCAAAAUUCGACAAGGAUUGGUCGUAUUGUGAUCGAGCCGGAGGUUGGAUGGGCAGCAUCUUUUUCUAAAUCAUGCACGCGACAAAGAUUGUUGAAGACGUAUGCGCCGGGAAACGUGAAGUUCAACUCAUCAUCCCAUGGCAUGGAUCCCGAUCGAUGGGAGAUGCGUGCACUGUUGGUGAUGGGUGGACCAUCGUUGAUACCAGGGAAAAAGAUCACAGACAUCCCUAAUAAUAUCGAUCUUUACUCAUUAAUGUGUUACUUGUUGGCCAUUGAAGCAUCUCCGAGUGACUCAACAAUGUCUGUGGUUUCUCAAGCACUUCUAGUCAAAGCCACCGAUAUUCCCUCACUCAACUCCUCUUUUUCGGAGUCUCUUGCCUUCACUUUCUUAAUUAUCCCCUCGGCGUGUAUUGUGGUGCUAUUCAUGGUUUACGUCUGUAAACAUACCGUUUUGAACGAGAACCCAAAUUGGAUGUGGCGACAAGGAGAGUACCGUCCACUGCAUAUGGAUAUUUUUGAUGCGGAGCGAGUGAUCAAAACUAGGCCAGAACUAUUUUCGGGCAGUUAUGAUAGCAGCGUUUCUUUCUCCUACCCCUCAGUAGCUCUGAUGAAGUACGGUGAUUAUGGUGUAUUAGGUUCUGUUUUGGAAAAAUAUCUUAAAACAACUGACAAGGUUCUUCAAAUUGGUUGUGGUAAUUCACAACUGGCCGCACAGAUGUAUGACAACGGCUUUCGCAAUGUUCAUAGUAUAGAUACCGAUACUUCUGUGAUAGAGGAACAACGGUUAAGAAAUCGUGAACGUUCAGAACUACAUUUUUCGAAGGAGGACGCAACUUCGAUGUCGUUUGCUGAUGAAGAUUUUUCUGUAGUGGUAGACAAGGGAACGUUAGAUGCUCUACUUCCUCCAGAGGCUUCUGAACAACAGCUAGAUUGUGUAGAUAAGAUGUUUCGCGAAGUUCAACGGGUGCUCAAAGUAGCUGGCCGCUACUUGAUUGUUACGCUUGCCCAACAUCAUAUCGUCAAACACUUUAUGGAGCACUUCUUAAGCAAGCAGCAGUUUCUUCUGCGAGUACAUGAGUUAGAGAAUAGUGCUUCGGGUUUUCCAAUGCCCAUAUUUAUACUUGUAGCAACUAAGCUUCGAAAUGUGACGCCAAUGUCUAUGCCAAUCGAAUUGUGCCGUGCUGGAAGCGAUCGUUUCGAGAAAUUGGCUCACUUGCAUGAUGUGCUUUCAGUAAUAGCUUCCGAGCAAGAACUGAGCCAAUUCGUCCAUAUGUGCUCAAGAAAAUUGGACCACGAGGCUUCGAUAAGCAUCGAAAGUCAGUUUGAAAGUGGGCCUCGAUAUCGCAUUUAUAUCGUUGACGACAUAAAUGUCAAAAUUUUCCGCAGCUACGCUGUUUUUGUUGUCCCUCUGGGACGGGAAGGUGAGUGGAUAUUUUCGACUGAGAAAGGUCGGAAGACCUUGCGUCAGCAAGCUGAAAAGGACCGCCUAGCAGUUGUUACGUUGUCGCGAUCUCAGACGUACACUUCAUUACAGCAAGUUCAGGAUGAACUGGGUCCCUUCGCUACUCGAUUCGAUCCACGUGAAAACGGAGGCCUGAUUGAUUUCCUCUCUACCGGCAGUGUUGAUGUACGGGUGACCAGAGCAUCCGGAGAAUCGUCUAUGAAUGGCAAGUGGACCGUUGAAGAUGUUGUCGUUGAUGGUCAGGAGUAUAGGCGGCUAGUUUUCCUAUCUAGCAGUAAUAUUGUUCAGUCUGAAGCUCUUUUAAAAAGUAAAAAAGGCGGGAAGAAAGCGGUUGAUCUCGAAAAUUUGAGUUGUGAUCAUCAUAUUCUUAUGCUUUCUGGGCUUACUUUAUUACCCUCGAAUCCUCUCCAUGACCCAACCGCAGCGCAGCUAAAGGUGGCUGUUCUGGGUCUUGGGGGAGGCCUUCUGGCUUCGUUUCUUCUUCGUAAUCUAAACAAGGCGACGAUCGAAGGAGUCGAACUUGAUGGUGAUCUUGUAAAUGUAGCGACCCAGUGGUUUGCGUUGCCCAGUCAUGAUUCUCGAAUGAGCGUAAAAGUCAUGGAUGCUGUGGUCUAUUUGGAGCAAAUCUCAGCACGAGAGGAAAAAGAGAAGCUGGAUGUGAUGUUUGUGGAUUUGGCCGGUCCCGUACAUGAGUCGGGACUUAGCUGUCCACCGGCCAUUUUCCUUACCGACCCUGUCCUGUGUAAUAUGAAGAAUUCACUAAAUUCAAAUGGUUGGUUUUCCUUACAGCGGUUUUGA